AUGUUUCUAAUCUGGAUUUUUGGCUCGUUGAUUCUACCAGCAACCGCAUAUGAAAUGCAAACUGACACUUACGGAUAUCUUGAAUUGGCUGAUGGAACCACAAAAUUCAUUGGCACGGAUUCCGGAACCCUCAAACUCACCACGAGGUCUUACUACGAUACAUGUAAGUCGCGUUUUGCCAACUACGUUGCAUAUUACGCAAAUGGUACCUUCCAAUGCCUUGCUGACGCGGUCACGGCUGACAUUGCAGUUUACCUGGUGUGGAUCUUCUUGAUCCUCCCCAUUGUCGUCUCUCUAGUUACCGAACUAACUUAUAGCUGUCUCCGCUCCCCCGAUGAAGAUUAUUUCUAUCGAUGCGCGGCGGCCGGG